AUGGAGCAGGCUGGACAGAGGAGAGUGGAGGAGGUGGAGAAGGGCUCUGUGGUGGAGCAGGCUGGACAGUGGAGAGUGGAGGAGGAGGAGGAGGGCUCUGUGGUGGAGCAGGCUGGACAGAGGAGAGUGGAGGUGGAGGGCUCUGUGGUGGAGCAGCCUGGACAGAGGAGGGUGGAGGAGGUGGUGGAGGGCUCUGUGGUGGAGCAGGCUGGAGAGAGGAGAGUGGAGGAGGGCUCUGUGAUGGAGCAGCCUGGACAGAGGAGAGUGGAGGAGGAGGUGGAGGUGGAGGAGGGCUCUGUGGUGGAGCAGGCUGGACAGAGGAGGGUGGAGGAGGAGGUGGAGGAGGGCUCUGUGGUGGAGCAGGCUGGAGAGAGGAGAGGACCAGGGCCUGGGGGUCCCAUCCCCACCCUCACAUUCGAGCCCCCAGAGGAGAGAUGUGUGUCUGUGAAGGAGGAGCACUCACCCAGCACAGGAGGGACUCUCUUAAUCCCAAGUCAGGGGGCACGCAGAGCUGUCUCUCCUACUCCCAGUGGAGACUCCAUGAAGAGCCACUGUUCAUGCCGAACACCCCCAAACUUCAGCCCUGAUGUGAAGCAGGAUGAGGGUCAAGACUCUCCAGAAGACAGCGCUGUGUCUGUGAGAAGUGCUGAAGACACCCCACUGGACAACAGCAAGUUGAGCGAUGGCCGUCUCUCGUUGGGCCUGGCCAGGUGUGACGUGUGUAUGAAGGGGCUGACGGACCCUGUGACCUCCAUCACCUGUGGACACCGGUUCUGCGUGGACUGUAUCUCCAGCUACCUGGACCAAUCUGAAACGGCAACAUUUUCCGACUGCCCUGUGUGUGGCAAGGAUGCUUUGAAAACCGUAAUUCAAGCUCAUAAGCUGAAUUUGAAGAGGAGGUUUGAGUCCGUUAGCGAAGGCAGCGCAUGUUCAGAAACCCGAACUCUCCUGGAAAACAUCUACACAGAGCUCCAAAUCACAGAGGGAGAGAGCGAAGGGGUGAAUAAGGAACAUGAGGUUAGGCAACUUGAGUCCACGCUCAAGACCCAAGCCAGUGCGGACACAGCCAUCAACUGUAACGACAUCUUCAAACCUUUACCUGGCCAAGAGAGACACAUCAGGACAGUGAUAACCAAGGGAAUCGCUGGCAUUGGGAAAACAGUGUCCGUGCAGAAGUUCAUCCUGGACUGGGCGGAGGGGCGGGCGAACCAGGAUGUGGAGUUCGUGUUUGUCUUGCCGUUUCGAGAGGCCAAUUUGAUUAAAGACACAGAAUACAGUCUCCACGGCCUUCUUCUGAAAUUCCACCCUGAGCUGAAAGGUUUGAGGAGCUCCAAGCAAUACCAAGCCUGUCAACUGGUGUUCAUCUUUGACGGCCUGGAUGAAAGUCAACACACACUGACGUUUCCUGGGGCCCCCAUCUUGUUGGACGUAACACAGACGUCAUCAGUGGAGGCUCUCAUAACAAACCUCAUUAUAGGGAGUCUGCUUCCUUCGGCUCGCGUAUGGAUCACUUCACGACCAGCUGCAGCCGAUCAGAUUCCCCCGGAGUACAUCCAUCGGGUGACAGAGGUGCAAGGGUUCAGCGAACCGCAGAAAGAAGAGUACUUCCGGAAGAGAAUCAGUGACCCCAGUAGGGCUGUCAGAAUCAUAGCUCACCUGAAGGCGUCCAAGAACCUCCACGUCAUGUGUCACAUUCCGGUCUUCUGUUGGAUCGCGGCCACCGUGCUCCAGGAGAUAUGGGAUCAGAGCGGCACAGCCAUUCCCAAAACCCUGACCGAGAUGUUCAUCCACUUCCUGCUCAUUCAGACAAUCGCCAAGAGUCACAAGUACGAUCAAGGAAGUGGCUCGGGAGAACAAGUAAAGAUCCUGAAAUCAAGAGAGGAUGGUAUUGACGUCCAUGAAGCGGCAGUAUAUUCUGGGAUGUGUACUGAGAUCUUUCGAGCGGAAUCUCUCUUUGGCCAGGCAAAGGUUUACAGCUUUGUCCAUGUGACCAUACAGGAGUUUCUGGCAGCAUUUUUCGUAUUCCACUCAUACAUGACCAAGAAUCGAGAGGGCCUGAUGUCGUUCUUCCCAGACGAAACCUCCAACCCAAAGUCAACGAACACAGCAGUUGGUCCUCUACAGGGUCUCUUCAAAAAGAGGACCACAGCACAGCGUGAAGAUCCGGCCUUGCACACUUUACUCAAGGCCGCUGUCGACAAGUCCCUUCAGAGCAAGAACGGACACCUCGAUCUUUUUCUUCGCUUCCUUCUUGGCAUCUCCCUGGAGGCCAAUCAGAGGCUCCUUCAAGGCUUGCUGUCUGGCACGGAGAACACUUCCAAAGGCAUUGGCAAGACCAUAGCCUACGUCAAAUCCAUGAAUGAGACCCACGUUUCGCCCGAGAGGUACAUCAACCUCUUCCACUGUCUGUUGGAGAUGAACGAUCACACCAUUCAUGAGAAGAUCGAGCGCUACCUGAAGUCUGAGAAGGAGCAGAAAAAAACCCUCAGCCCGUCCCACUGCUCGGCGCUGGCGUCCAUGCUGAUGAUGUCAGGCAAGACUCUGGACGAGCUGGACUUGAAGAAGUACAACACAUCAGAUGAGGGACGGAAGAGACUGCUCCCAGUGGUGAGGUGCUGCAAGAAGGCUGUCCUGGCUGGCUGUAAUCUCAGUCCAAAGUGCAUUGAGCUGGUGCUCUCAUCUCUGGCGCUGGUCAACUCACCCCUGAGGGAGCUGGACCUCAGUGAGAGUCACCUGCAGGAUUCAGUGGCCCAGCAUCUGACCGACCAGCUCAGGAAUCCGCUCUGUAAACUGGACUCAUUGAGAUUAUCAUCUUGUGGAAUGACAGAACAUAGUUGUGCGUCUCUGGCCUCCAUCUUGAGUUACCCCACCUCUUGUCUCAGAGUGCUGGACCUUAGUAACAACCAACUAUAUGACGCCGGCGCCAAACUGCUCACAGACCAGCUGGGGAGUCCACACUGCAAACUGGAGACGCUCAGGCUGUCGUCCUGUCGUCUCUCUGAGCUGGGCUGUGAUUCUCUGACCCGUGCUGUGAGCUCUAAAUCCUCCCGUGUGAGAGAGCUGGACCUGAGGCACAACCACGUUGGCCAAUCAGCUGCCCAUCUGCUCCUCUCCGCCGUGCAGCACCCGCAAUGUAAACUAGAGACACUCGGAUUAAAUGGAGUUUCAGACUUGUGGUUAGAAGUCGGACCAGGGAAAUACUCUUGUGAACUAACGCUGGACGAGAACAGCGCAAAUGACCACCUGGCAUUUACCGAGGAGUGCGCGAAAGUGCUGUUCCUGGAGGAUCCCCAGUUGUACUCCAACUGCCCCGACAGGUUCAGUUUCUGGCCCCAGGUGCUGUGUAAGGAGGCCUUGUCUAGCCCCUGCUACUGGGAGCUGGAGUGGAAGGAGAGGGUGGAUGUGGGUGUGGCCUAUGCAGAUAUCCAGCGCAAACUGGAGGAAGACCAGUGCGUGCUCGGCCACAACGACCUCUCCUGGAGCCUGGAGUGCUACGACGGACACCGCUACACCUUCUGGAGGAACAGCAGGAAGCUGGACCUGUUUGCCCCACAUCACAUCCGGUCCAGGAGGGUGGGCGUGUUCCUGAACUGGCCGGCUGGCGCCCUGUCCUUCUACAGCGUCGCCACGGACACCAUCCAUCACCUGCACACGUACCAGACCAAGUUCUCCGAGCCUCUUCACGCGGGGUUCAUGGUGUGGCCGGACUCCUCCGUCACCCUGUGCAAGAUCCCGAUGAGAGGCACCCUGUCCAUCCCACAGGCCGCUGAGGCCAGAUGGCUCUCUCAGAGUGAGAGCCAGUGACGUGUAGACCCUUUCAAGAGAGUUCCAUUAUCAGCAUCAUAGUUGGCCCCACAAGGCUUCC